UGGAAUUAAUAGACGCCUCAGGAUUCCCCGUCCGUCUUCUGGUUUAGGGAUUGCUACUGGUGUUGGAGAGAUCCCGGGAUCACUGGUUAAUGGAGAGCUCUGUUAGCUUUCCUCGCCAUUAAAUCACUCCUAAAGCAUAAUCUUGAUGUGUUUGUAAGGGAAAAACAAAAGGUCUCCUUUUCAAGAAUUGCGGCUUCAGCUAUUGCCAACCUCGAAUCUCUUAAUUUUCCAUCGCAGAGUAGAGCUGUUUUGUUUUUAACCCUCAUUCAUCUCACUGCAGAAUGACCUGUUUGUCAGGUUUUCGGAACUUCCCAAAACUUUGGACGAGCACCCCUUACUUUGAGCUGGUGGUCCCUGCGACCUUUCCUGUCUCUUUCUUUCUCAUGGUUACCAGGAACCAACACAGAUGGUUUUCUGUUAAAACCACGUCCCCUCCAAAUAGCAAAUCAACGAACCUCCUGGUUGCCAAGGCUAGAACACUCAAGAAAGAAAAUGACAGCGAUAGGCAAAUUUCUUCUGAUCAUUAUUUUGCUGCUGGAGCAGCCAAGAUGAGGUCAUACUUAAAUAAUAACCCUCAGCAGAGAGAUCAUGCCAUGCCACGUGUGAGAAGCACUAUUGAACUUCCAACUAAACCCUUGAACUCCGAAGAGUGGGAUAAACUUAAAGAUGAUUUCAACGGGAAGGCCAGUUUUGAAGAAGGGGUCAUUUCACAGAUGGUUCACAGCUGUAGUUCUGUAGAUGUAGCUAAGUCUCUCCUGGCAUGGGUAGCAGCAAAGAACAAUGGAAUUGUAGGGUAUAAUUUACUUGUCAAGUAUUUGUAUCUCUGUGUCUUUCAUAAGGAAACAUCAGAAGUUAUUGAUGUCUAUGAAAUCAUGAAAGCCAAGUACAAAUGUUUAGAAACUGGGGCUAGCAGCAUUCUCAUCCGGGGUCUGAUCCACUCAGACAGAUGGAGAGAAGCCUUGCUGCUGUUAGAAGACAUGAAGAAAGUCAUGAUCCCUUCAAAAAGGAACUAUGGCGACUGUAUACAGGGAGCCCUCUUUCAUCAAGAUGUGAACAUGGCUUGGAGUUUGUAUCAGGAAUUGAUAGGUCAUAAUCUCACCCCUCUGUUGGAAACUUUGAAGGCCUUCUUUGAUUUUGGCCAAGACAUAAAUGAUGAUCACUAUUCGAACAAACUGCUGGACAUACUUUUGUAUCUAAGGAAUAAUCAGCUGUACCCUGGAGAGUCAUUUGCACACAGUAUAAAGACAUGGUUUGAAAGUAUUCCUGGAAGACAGUGGAAAGGACAGUUCACUACAGUUCAGAAAAGUGGCCAGUGUUCAAGCUGUGGUAGAGCCUUAGAGUCUAUUCAUCUGAGUCUAGAAGAAUAUGAAUUUCUCAAGGAGAAAAUCAUGAGGGAUGUGAUAGAUGGUGGUGACCAAUAUAAAAAGACAACCCCGCAGGAACUGCAGAGGUUUGAGAACUUUGUAAACUCCUGUCCUCCUUUUGAUAUUGUUAUUGAUGGCCUCAAUGUUGCAAAAAUGUUUCCUAAACGUCGUGAAUCUCAAACUCUCCUGAAUGUAGUCUCUCACCUAGCCCAGAAGAAUCUACAGCUGCUGGUCCUGGGCCGGAAGCACAUGCUAAAGCCAAGCUCUAGGUGGAAAGAGGAUGAGAUGGAGCAGGUGCAAAAGCAAGCCCAUUGCUUUUUUGCUGAUAACAUAUCGAAGGAUGAUCCAUUCCUGCUCUACGCCACCCUGAACUCAGGCAAUCACUGCAAGUUUAUCACGAAAGAUCUGAUGCGGGACCACAAGGCCUGCCUGCCUGACGCGCACACCCAGCGCCUCUUCUUUAAGUGGCAGCAGGGACAUCAGCUGGCAAUCGUGAAAGGUUCUCCAAGGUCAAAACUGACUUUCCAGCAUACUCUCAGCUAUGACACAGUGGUGCAGACAACGGGAGAUUCCUGGCACAUACCUUAUGAUGAAGACCAGGUGCAGAGAUCUUCUUAUGAAGUGCCAACCAAAUGGCUGUGCCUCCAGCGGAAGACGCAGGCGCCUGCUCCGUGCUGAAUUGGUACUGGACGCCUCCUGGCUGGUAGCAGAGCCCUGCCGUCCAUGCUAACUUCAGGCAUGACCUUUGUCUUGCAAAUAAAACAAUCUUAGUA